UGGCUUGUCCCCACUUUUCCCGUGUACCGCCCUUCAGAUGAGAAAGUAAGCAGCCGUAGAGCCAUCGUAUCCUUUCUUGAAUACAGAGUAAUUUGACAACGCCUUCCGGAGUAUAGUGUGAGCUGAAGUUGCCUUGCCGCAGUAGCUUCAGGUGGCCCCCCUGUCCGUGCACGCUGAGCCUGAGAGACCGAGUCCUGCAGCUGUGUCUUCAGACGGGAUCAUGGCGCUGUCCUUCAAGAAAGACCUGGACAAGUACAAGGAGAUCGACGAGGAUGAGAUUCUCAACAAGCUCUCCGAGGAGGAACUCAAACAGCUGGAGACGGCCCUAGAGGAGAUGGAUCCUGAGAAUGCCCUCCUGCCUGCGAGUAUGCGCCAGAAGGAUCAGACCAACAAACAAACAACUGGGACGUUCAACAGAGAUCGCCUCCUCAACUACCUGGAGAAGGAGGCACUGGAGUACAAGGACAGAGAGGACAUCCUCCCCUUCACCGGCGAGAGAAAAGGUAAAGCAUUUGUUCCCAAGCAGAAGACCUCGGAGAUGCGCUCAGAGGAAGUCACGACCCUCGACCCAGAACUAGAGGAAGCCCUGUCCAGCGCCACAGACACAGAGCUGUGUGACCUAGCAGCAAUCCUCGGGGUACACACACUGGUGACCAGCACUCAGACCUACGAUGGGACCAGCAGUAAAGAGGGAUUCAACAAUGUGAUCAAAGGAGAGAAGAUGAACCCGGUGUUCGACGAGCCUCCCAAUCCCACCAACGUUGAGGAUACCCUGCAGAGGAUAAAGAGCGAUGACAGCUCUCUAACAGACGUUAACCUCAACAACAUCAAGAACAUUCCCAUUCCCACACUGAAGGACUUUGCCAAGGCUAUGGAAAACAACACUCACGUCAAGAAGUUCAGUCUGGCGGCCACCAGGAGUAACGACCCCAUCGCUGUGGCCUUCAGUGAGAUGUUGAGGGAGAACAAGACCUUGCGGUGUCUGAACCUCGAGUCCAACUUCAUCACUGGAGCCGGCGUGCAGGCCUUGGUGGAUGCCCUGAGAGAUAACGACACACUCAUAGAGAUCAAGAUAGACAACCAGAGGCAGCAGUUGGGUACAACGGUAGAGAUGGAGAUCGCUAAGAUGUUAGAGGAGAACCAUAGCAUAGUGAAGUUCGGCUACCAUUUCACCCAGCAAGGACCACGAUCUAGAGCCGCUGGAGCCAUCACCAAGAACAACGAUCUGGUGCGCAAGAGGCGAGUGGAGGGGGACUUGUAAGGAUGGAGCCGAUCCUCUCUCAGCCAAUCCUGUCGUCUCAUCUCACCAUGUGGAAUACUUUCAGCCAAUCCCCUGGUCUCAUCUCAUGUGUGGAACCUUAGUCUUGUGCCAAACCACGGAGCAAGGCGCCCUCAACCAGAACCAACAUUUGAGAAGAAGGGAAAUAACUGGAAAUGCCCUCUCCCAUACAUUAUUAUUAUUAUUAUUAUGAUAUUGUCAUGUUACGAUUACAACUGUAAACCUUUUGUUAUUGUUGUUAUUUUUGUCAGCUGAUUUCAGCUGCUCUUUUUCUUUGAGCUUCUAUACAACUACUCUUUUCCUCUUUUUUUUUUCUUUUCUUAUCUUCUCUCUUUUUUUUUUUUACUAUGCUUUGAGCAUGAUGAACAGGACAAACAUAUGUGUACAGAACCAAGUAACCAUUCACAGAAGGAUACACAUGUAACCCUGAACUAAACACUUAGUUUUUGCUAUAACAUCUACUGUAAAAAAAAAACAUCUGGACAAAGGUUGUAGGGCCUUAUGCUUCAUAUAUGGCUAAAUAUAGAACUCCGUAGAACGAACAAGUCUUUUGUUUAACUUCCUGUUAAACUUCCUGGAUAAAUUGGAGCUGCUGCUCAUGUCUGUCCACUGGUCUUUAGCAUGACUUGCAGUGUUGGGGUUAGAGGUCAAACUAGUCUUGUUUAGCAUUGGAGAGCACUGUGAGACUGUAAGGUAGUCCACUAAUGUAGAGCUGUCUGUAGAGUAUGUUAUUUCCGAGUAUGCAGCCUACUGUCCUGGAAUCUGACUAGGCAGCAACAGCAUCGGAGAGUGGACAACCCAGUUCUAAGGGCUAGCUGUUGGCAUAGAGAUGACAGUUGGCCCAACUGGCUGUUAGCUUCUUGAUGACAUGCAGCUUUGUCCAAUGCUAAAUCAGGUGCUGGUUUUAAAACUGGGGUGGCAUGAAGGAAGAUGCAGCACUGGCAGUCUGGUAGCUCUGUGGUAUAGAUGGAUGUUAACACAAUGUAGGAAUGACACACUGAGCAGAAGGGCACACAAUUUUCAAGUCUUAAUACUUGUUACAAGUUUUUCUGUCAACUACGGCUGUUAUGAUUCGGUUCAGACAGACUGGGUUCUCAAACGGUUCAUUUUCUUUAUUAUUGGUAAAAGGGAUAACGUUUAAAAAAAUGGGGGUUUGAGAGAGUGGGUUUGUACUACGACUGCUCUCACACUGAGGAAGUAGUGACCAACUUAACCACUGGGCUUCUCUUGUACUGAACCAUGCCAAAGACUAACAUAUGCAGCAUUUGAGUAUAUAUACUGAACAUUUUAAGUUCAGUUCCUUUACAUAUUAAAGUAGUUUGCUGACAGACUUAAAGGAGAACACCAAUGGGUUAUUUGCACAUUUCACGUGCACCGUGUCAUCACUCUGUGUAGUGACGAGUAAAUCUUUCCUGUCUGUGUGGCAGUUUAGGAAGAUUUUCAGAUUAAUUGUUAAUGGUUGGGAAAAGAAAAGGCAGGCACCAGUAUGCACAUUUUACUUUUGUGUACACAUGCCCAAACUCCAUUCAUGGAUCACAAGAAAUGAAUUUAAUGAAUUACCCACAUCUGUUCCCAAUUCAGAAUUUAAAGACUAGUCUGAUGUAGACAGACACACUCAGUGCUCUGAAGCAGGGUCCAAAAUAUUGGCAUACAGUGUGCUUAACUGGAUUUACUUUCUUGAACACUAGUUGUCUGCAGAGGCACAGUUGGACCAAUAAAACUGUUACACUGUGUGUAUAAGCACUCUGUAAUAAGAACUAUGUUGGUAUACCUGGUGUAACAUAGAUCACGUAAUGUUUUUAUUACAGCCAUUACAUUCUGUUUGAUCUGUUUAGAUUUAAAAAAUAAUAAAAAGAAGCUAACUCGAUAGUCUGGCUGAGCAAGGCUGUGGGACUAACUGUAUACUAUCAUGCUUUUUCUCAUAAAACCCUCUUGUGAUGUGUCGUUAUUCCGUUAUGAAGCUUUCCUGGUGCGUAAAACCGCCAGAAUUUUGCUCUGCUCUGAUAUUGUGGUCUUUUGAUGUUUAUUAAUAUUAUAACUAUGAUAGAGGGCCAUCUCAGAGUUUCACACACGGAAAAAGACCGCUAAAUAUUAGCCAGAGUGUUGAGAAUUUUGUACCAUUCCGCUCCAGGUCUGAACUCAAGAAGAGGAAAUAAGAUGUACUGUUAUUAAACCACAACACUUGCUAAAGGCACUGUUAAAUAUAAGACGUCCUCGAAUAAUAAAUGUUUUUGCAUACUC